UUGAAGAGUUAAUUUAACGUUUUUAGAGGUCAAGAAAUCGUGUUUAUGGAUUAAAAGAUUAUGUUCAUUGCAUAACACGUUCUCUUUGUAAUUUUCAAAAGCUCUCAAUUUCUACUAUAAUUUUCGUGAAAAAUUCUUCGUUUGUAGCUUGAAAAUACUGAUAACGUAAAAGGAUGAUAAGGUAUAUGAAAAGGUUGUGGACUUUAGAAAAUAGAUUGUCCAAGUAUCAUGAGCUGCUUAGUUCAAAUUCUAAAUUUCUAGAACAAGCUGUUCUUUCUUCCAGCUGUCAAAAUAAAAAAAGCAUGGCUAUUCACGGCCCUGCAGACAGACUUAAAGGCAUGAAAGAAAGCGUUUGGGUUGAAUUUAUUCAGUUGGCUCUUGACUAUAAGCCAGUCAAUCUGGGUCAAGGUUUUCCUGAUUUUGCAGCUCCAGAACAUGUAGCAAAAGCCUUGAGUGAUGCCACAACUGGCCCUAACGUUCUUCUAAAUCAAUAUACUAGAGGAUUUGGUCAUCCUAGAUUGGUGAAUGCUCUGUCAAAAUUGUAUUCCCAAUUGGUUGGAAGAAGCAUAAAUCCCCAAAAGGAAAUUCUGGUCACUUCUGGUGCUUAUGAAGCAUUGUACUGCACAAUUUUAGGCCUUGUCAACCCUGGAGAUGAAGUAAUCAUAAUUGAACCUUUUUUUGACUGCUAUGAACCUAUGACAAAAAUGGCUGGAGGAGUUCCAGUGUACAUACCUUUACGACCUAUAAAGACUGAUGGACCUGUAUCAAGUAAGGAUUGGAUAUUAGAUCCAGCUGAACUUGCAUCUAAAUUUAAUCGUAAAACAAAACUGAUAAUAGUUAAUACACCACAUAAUCCAUUGGGCAAGAUUUUUACAAAGGAUGAAUUGCAAAUGAUUGCAGAUUUGUGCCAAAAACAUAAUGUAAUUGCAGUUAUGGAUGAAGUAUAUGAAUGGUUAGUUUUUAAAGGAAAUGAACACAUCAGAAUGGCUACUUUGCCAGGAAUGUGGGAGAGAACUAUUACUAUAGGAAGUGCUGGAAAGACUUUCAGUGUCACAGGUUGGAAAAUAGGUUGGGCGUAUGGUCCUCAGCAUUUAAUCCAUGCUCUACAACUUCUUCACCAGAAUUGUGUUUAUACUUGUCCAACUCCUUUACAAGAAGCUUGUGCUGUUGGAUUUGAAACUGAAAUUGCUCGCUUGGGUAAGCCAGACAGCUACUGGAAAGAAUUAGCUGAUAUGCUUGAGCGAAAACGAGAUAGAAUUGUUAAAUUUUUAUCUGAAGUCAAUAUGGCUCCAACUAUACCUGAAGGUGGCUAUUUUUUGAUUGCAGACUUUUCCCAAUUAGGUAAUAAGGUUAAUUUAGACCAGGAGGAAGGUACCAAAGAUUAUAAAUUUGUCAAAUGGUUAUCUAAAACAAAGAAGCUUCAGGGCAUACCUCCGAGUGCAUUCUAUUGUGACCAAGAUAAGCAUUUAGCUGAAAACCUUAUUCGAUUUUGCUUUAUUAAAGAAGAUUCAACUUUAGAACAAGCUGAAAAUAUUAUAAAUGACUUGAAGAAAUCACUUAAUGUUUAAAUUAUAUGGUUUAUGACGAAGAUAAUCUCUAUAUAUUGUAUCUAAUAAAGUUUAUUUUGAUAAAUUA